AUGAAGCCACAACAGAUCUCCAGCGUGAUCUACGGCGAUACCACCACCACCACAGCCCAACGACAACAGCGCAAUAACAAUACCAACAAUAGUAGUAACUCAACUUCAUAUUCAAGGUCCUCAUAUUACAACGGCAGUAGAAGUAACUACGCCAGCCGUUCACAGGCUUACUACCAAUCCUAUCCGUACUAUCGGUCGAACAGUACUAGUCGGAGAAUGGAUUCUGGAGGCGGUGGAGCAGGAGGGAGUGGAGGGAAUCUUAAUAAUAGUAAUGGUAAUGAUGGGAAGGGUACGAAUGGUGGUAGUGGGGGGAGUAUGAGUUAUUCGACGGGGAGUGGGCCUUAUGAUGAUGACUUCGGGUUUAUGGAGUCUCAGAGGGGGAUUUUGUUGGAGACGCAAUUUGAGGGGGUUACGGAGGAAAUUGAUUUGGAUAAAGAGGGGUUUGAGAGGCAGGAGUUGAAGGAGCUGAGGAGGAGGGAUCAGGUCAUCUUCGCAAUCGAUGCAUACCAAAUAUGGGAACAAUCACGAUACCACAGAAUAAGCCGUGGUCGUCCAGGAACAGCACCAUACAUCACAGCAUGGCCAAUGAAGCCGUAUACACUCCCAGUAUUUCUAAUGAUUGGCUUCGCCGCAACUUCAAUAAUUAUAAACUUCAUAACCACGGUUGUAUCAUGUUGUACAUGCCGUCGUCUGCCACAUAAAGAUGGCAAGUUCGAUGUAUUUUCGUGUGUGGCUACUAGUAUUCUUACGGCAUUGUGGGGUUUGGCGGCGGGAUUGUAUCAUGGGUUGAAGAAGGGGAAAGAUUUAUACAGUUACUCUUGUAGUCGUGUAACUUUAGCCCGAACAAGACAUUUUCCAAGCAUUGAUUUCGAUUCGGCUUGUAAUAUGCAUCAAAUGGUAUUAUGGGCAUCCAUCGCUGCAUUUGUUAUUAAUACACUUGCUCUCGGAGAAAUCGCACUUGUUGUGAAGAGGAGGAGUAUUAGGAAGGAUAUGGGGCUUCUUGAGAAAUUGAAGGUAUGA